AUCGUGGAGUUCGUCGACUCCAGUACUACACCAAGGCCCCUUAUGGUGAUGGAAUACCUACCGCUAGGGAGUCUGGCGGCGCAAGACCAAGUCUCUUCUAUUUGCGAUACUGACAUGUUAGUCGUCUGCAAACAAAGUCUGGAAGGUCUUUCUUGUCUCCACGGCCAGAACAUCACACAUCGAGACCUGAAGCCAGAAAAUAUCCUCUUGCGUUCUAGGACUCCUAUUCACAUCAACUUGGCGGACUUGGGAUUGGCCCAGAACAGGUUGGAUCUGAAGACUUUCUGUGGAUCUUGGAUGUACGCCGCUCCAGAAAUUUUCCUCGGUCAAUUUUACACAGAAGUCGUGGAUAUCUGGUCUCUUGCCGUGAUUGUGAUGAAAUUCGUUUAUGGG